AUGCCGAUGGUAGACGCCAGUGCCGAAUCGUUAAUUCUCGAUCAAGCCCCCUGGGCUCAAACCACCACGGAUGCCGCCCGCCCGGUGCUUUCCGCAAUCGGCGGAGCCAUGAUCACCGUCACCGGUGUGGUCUUCUCUAUCACAGUGGUAGCGCUAUCGAUUGCCUCGUCGCAGUUCGGUUCACGAAUGCUCCGCAAUUUCAUGGACGACCGAACGACUCAGGUCACCAUCGGAAUGCUGGUUGGCACCAGUCUGUAUUGCUUUCUAAUCAUGCGGACCGUGCGCGAGAUCCAGGGCACCUCGUUCGUUCCCCACUUAUCUGUGCUGCUGAGUGUCGUGAUGGUACUGAUCAGUAUGGGGGCUUUGAUCCUAUUCAUUCAUCACAUGGCCCUUUCGAUCCAAGCACCACAAAUAUUGGCUUCCUUAGGAGCCGAUUUGGACGAUUCGAUUGAAAGGCUCUUCCCAGAAAAAAUUGGAAGUCCUGCGGAGGACUCGCACCAGGAAAUUGAUGAAGCCACUAAGAGAGUCGUGCUCGGGAGUAAUUUUGCACCACUACUGGCGGAACACGAAGGAUACCUUCAAGCCAUCGACUCUAACGGACUAAUCGCCCUCGCUAAGGAGCAUGAUCUCGUCAUUGAACUUGGGAAAAGGCCUGGCGAUUUCGUUCUCAAGAACACCGCUGUCGCCAAAAUCUGGCCUGCAACUCGCCUAUCCGAUGAAGUAUCGGAAGAACUGAACGACACGCUCAUUUACGGCACUCGACGGACGCCCCGGCAAGACGUUCUUUGUACAGUUGAAGAGAUCGUCGAGGUUGCCGUUCGUGCACUUUCGCCAGGCAUUAAUGCUCCUCUGACAGCCGUGACCUGCAUCGACCGCCUGGGUGCAUCCUUGAGCAGACUUGCGGGCCGUAAGAUUCCUUCGGCGUCGCGAUACGACCACGACGGCAAGCUGCGUCUUAUCGCUCCUCCUACAACCUUUCCAGACGUGUUGCGGGCUUCAUUUGACGAAAUCCGUCACUACGGCCGUGAGAGCGUUGCAGUGUUAUUGCGAUUGCUCACCACAUUGCAGGUGCUGAGUCAGUUCGUCGAGCGAGGGGAAGACCGCCAAGCAAUUCUUCAACAUGCAUCGAUGAUCAUCGAUGCCUCGACCCUGGCCCAUCAUCAAGAAUCCGACCGUAAGUUGUUUCAAAACGAGUACGACCAGCUGUUAAGAAUCUUUGAUCGUGAUGAACCACUUCAUGCCAUGGAAGAGCGCGGUGGUUGCCUUGUUUCGAUCGCCUUGGGUUUCAUUGGUGCAUUACUUGGUACCUGGCUGGCUCGCCGGUUCGAUUUGCCCAUGCUCUUCACAUUGCAAGUGGGAGAUGAACCGUUUCCCAUCCUGUGGUCGAUCAUUGGCGCGGCCUUGUUUGCUGCCGUCUUGGCAUUGCUCUCUGGAGGCUUGAUCGUCAUGAUUCUUACCUGGAUUGCUGCCCGCUUGGCGACGAAGAUUGCAGCCCGGCUGUUGAAACGAACCCGCCUGCGCACGAGUUUGAAAGAUCUUUUCCGCCAUUUCGUGCAGAUUGGAAUUUGGGUACUCGGACUGACUGUGGCGGCCGUCAUAGUGUUUCCCAACAUGACGCCAGCGAAAGUUCUCGCCGCUCUGGGUCUGGGAUCGGUGGCCAUUGGCUUCGCGUUCAAGGACAUCUUUGAGAACUUCUUCGCGGGAGUUCUGAUUUUAUGGCGGUUCCCUUUCGACCCCGGCGAUUUCAUCGAAUGCAACGGAAUCGAGGGCAAAGUUGAAGAUGUCACGAUCCGCAUGACUAAGAUUCGCAGACUGGACGGGGAACUAACCGUAGUUCCCAAUUCUAUGCUCUUCAAACAGCCGGUGGACAUCCUCACCAGCUGGAAACGACGCCGAGUUACCGUCAUAUGCGGUGUUGCCUACGGCGAAGAUGUUGACGAGGCACGCUCCGUCAUCCGCCAGGCUGUGGAAUCUUGUAAGACCAUCGACUCCGGCCAAGAUGUUGAGAUAUUCGCCCAGGCGUUUGGUGCGUCAAGUAUUGACUUUGAAGUUACCUGGUGGACUGGGCCAACACCACUGGAAGUGCGUAAAUCGCGUGACGAGGUCGUCGCCAGUGUAAAACGCGCUCUCGAUGACGCGAAUAUCGAGAUCCCAUUCCCGUACCGCACGCUCACGUUUAAAGAGCCCUUGCAGACAGUCUCGCAAGCCAACGGGGAGUCGAUGGCUCAAGACGAGCCCACUAAAUCCACCCCGCCUCAGACGCCCGAUAAUGCGAGCAUCGACGGGGAAGCUGUUGUCACGGGAAAAGUCGAUGUUCAACCCCUGGCCCGAGACGAGGAGAUUGAGGCCCGGCUCUCGCAGAUAUUGAAAUCCACCGAGUGGUUCUCGAAUGCGACCGUCGAUGCCGAGAACGGCGUGGUCUUCAUCCAGGGUGAAACGUCGCAACAGCAAUAUAAAGAAUGGGCAACCAAACUAGCACAACAGACCCAAGAUGUAGUGGCGGUGGUCAACCGAGUGGAUGUGGUCAGUGGUCCAAUCUGGAAUUUCACUCCGGCUUACACCCAGCUUCACACGUUAUGGCGUAGCACCAUUCAAUCACUGCCACUGGUCGUGGUCGGGAUCGUCAUUCUCUUUCUCACGUUUCUGGCCACGCGAUUGUCGUCUCGUCUUGCCAGAAGCAUUCUCUCCCGCCAGAUCGAGAACCAGCUUCUCCGGGAUGUGGCCGCGAAAGCGAUCGCUAUUCCCGUUUUUCUUGUUGGGUUGUACAUCGUCCUUCACGUGGCGGGGCUCACCCGACUUGCCCUCACUGUGCUCGGCGGAACUGGCCUUGCGGGGCUCAUCAUUGGUAUCGCAUUUCGAGACAUUGCGGAGAAUUUUCUGGCCAGCCUUCUAAUCAGCGUCCAGAACCCAUUUCGCACCGGAGAUCUCAUCAAGGUCAACGAACACUUGGGAAUUGUGCAAAAAGUCACCACUCGUGGAACACUGUUGAUGGCUUACGAUGGCACCUACAUUCAGAUCCCUAACUCCAUCGUCUACAAGAAUAUCAUUCUCAAUUACACCGCCAACUCGAGCACUCGCCUCGACUUUGCCAUUGGCAUUGGAUACGACGUGGCAAUCGCCAAAGCCCAGGAGGUUGCUCAAUCAGCAUUACUAAGGCAUCCGACUGUUCUCAACGACCCUGAACCGAUGGUGCUGGUUGAAAGCCUGGGAGCCGCAACCGUUAACAUUCGGGUCUACUUCUGGAUCAACUCGCAGGAACACAGCCCACCUCGGGUUAUUUCUUCGGCAAUCAGGCUGGUGAAGCGAGCUUUUGUGAAAGAGAACAUCUCGCUGCCAGAUGAAGCCCGUGAAGUCGUAUUUCCAAAUGGGGUUCCAAUCCAGACGAUGGAUAUGGAGGCGGCGAAGAAGGAUACGACCGAAAGCUCCAGUCGAGAAACUUUCUUCGAGGAAGAGCCGGACGAGGUUUCCACUCCAGCAGAAGGCAACCUCCGCAGUGAAAAGCAAGAUGUGGAGGCUCAGGCCGAGACUGCUCGCGAACCGGAGGAAGGGGCAGCGUUUAGCACCGUGGCCAAGUCUUUGGUUAACGACUUGCUGAUGCCGCCGAUCGGACUAGCACUCGGUGGGGUCGACUUCUCCGACUUAUUCAUCACGCUGAAAUCGGGACCUGAGAAUGAGGGCCCCUAUCGCAGCCUAGCUGAUGCCACCGCGGCAGGAGCCGUGACGCUGAACUAUGGGCAAUUUGCCAACUCGGUCUUGUCGCUCCUUAUCGUGGCCCUGGCCAUGUUCAUCCUGAUUCGCAUUUUCAUGCGAAUCGAACAGGCGUUCGACCAGGAAGAGACUUCCGACUCAACACCGCUGGCCGGGGCGAAUUUCCAGUCGGACAACGGACUUCAGUUGGCCGCUAGUGUUUCUUACUACGCAGCGCUCUCGUUCUUUCCGUUGCUGCUCAUUCUUAUCUCGGGCCUCGGCUACGUACUGCGUUCAACAGGAUGGGGGCAAGAUGCUCAGCGGCAACUGUUGGAGUUUGUCAGCGAUCAGGCUUCCCCCUCCCUGGCCGACCGAGUCGGUACAACCUUGAACGAAGUACAAGCCAAUGCUGCCCUCAAUGGCCCCAUCGGUUUGAUCUCGUUGCUUGUAACGGCUGUGAUGAUCUUUGCUCAGUUCGAAAACGCCUUCGACCAAAUCUGGAAUGUCGACCGAUCAGGGAAGAAAGGCAUCGUAAGCAAGGCCAAGCAAGUAGUUUGGUACCGCAUGAGAGCCUUCCUCAUGCUGCUUGGCGCAGGUGCACUAGUGAUGGUGACGUUCUUCGCAGGAAUCGCGGUAACGGGGGCCUCAUCACUGGGGGAUGAGUUUCUUCACCUGCCUCGAACGUUUUGGACUGCGCUUCAGUUGGUCGUAACGCUCGCUCUGAACUGGGGCAUGUUUACUCUGAUUUACCGAAUCCUGCCCAAGGUUCCCGUCCGCUGGUCCGAGGCUGCUCGAGGUGGGCUUCUAGCGUCAAUUACUUGGGAGAUAGGCCGGCAGAUUCUCGCGGCGUUGGUCAUUGGCAACAAGUACAACGCUUAUGGGGUGGUCGGCGCCUUCAUCGCCAUCAUGCUUUGGGUCUACUACGCGAUGGCCGUUAUCUUCUUCUGCGCAGAGUACGUGCAGGUGAUUUGCAACAGUUACGAAUCAGGGGAUGCCGAGACGGAAGGUAACGCAGCGUAG